ACUGUUUGGGGGGGUACUUUUGUUUAUCUCUGUCGUACGAAUGAGUGUGAUCGUCCACUGACCACAUCUGAAGUGCCUUUCGUUGGAUUUACUCCGCGUUCCGCUGGACAUCUCCAAGGCGACCUUUGCCACAACUCCUGUCUGAGGGGAAGGGUUUCACCGGCGCAUAAAGGACUCCGUGAAACGGCACGAUGGCUUCUUUCAUAGUGAAACAAAUGGUGGGGGGCAAACUGAAAGACCUCAAAGGAGACCUGGGAGUGGACAAACCCGAAGGAGGAGAGAAGACAGAGGCGGCCGCCAAAGGGAUGACCGAAGAGGAGUUCGAACAGUAUACGCAGCAGUUGCAGGAGGAAAAGGAGGAGCGAGAGGCUGACGUUGCACAGAAGAAGGCUGAGCGAGCAACAGUGCGGACCCACUUUCGGGAUAAGUACAGACUCCCAAAGAACGAGCUGGACGCGGAGCAGAUCCAGGCGGCGCGGGAUGACGUGGAUCUGCCCGAGGAGCUGGCCAAGAUGAUCGCCGAGGACAACCAGGAGGAGCAGCACAAGUCCUCCGUCCUCGGGCAGCUGUCCAGCAUCCAGAACGUGGACAUGGACCACCUGAAGAACAAGGCCCAGGCCACGCUAGAGGACCUCAAGAACAACGCCGAGAAGUGUGCCCUCAUGUGAUCCCUCUCCUGCUCUCGCUCUCUCUAGCUCUGACUCGUUCUCUCUGUUGGACUCUCUAGCUCUCUAUCUGUCUCUCUCCCUCUGACGUUCAUUCUCUUGCAAUAACUAGAUUAUCUAUCUAUCUAU